UGUGAAAGCAUUUUUUUGACAGUCAUGUUAAUGUUUACAGUAGAACAGUGACACAGCAUUUUCUGACAGCACCCGGCAACAUCGAACUAGUACUAGGAGGGUUAUUUGCGCUACUUUAUUUCUUGCUUUUCAUUUAAAUAGUCUCUGACUUUUUUUGUUAAAGUUUCUCUCAAAAGUUUUGUUUGUUAGCUACCAUCGAGCAAGCUAGCCGGCAAACUCUUGGCGGAUGUGAGUCUGCUAACUUUAGACUAGGUUAGCUGCAUUUUCAUUUUAAACAAAAAUUCCUUUGCGCCGUUAUGGACCAAACAGACUUUUAUCCAGUGAAACUGUACGUUUACGACUUGUCCAGAGGCAUGGCCCGCCAGCUGAGUCCUGUCAUGCUCGGGAGACAGCUUGAUGGGAUAUGGCACACUGCUGUUGUGGUCCAUGGAAAGGAAUUCUUCUUUUCAGGACAAGGCAUCAACAGCUGUUCACCUGGUGGCAUGGCCUUGGGUCAGCCUGACUGCAUCGUGGACCUUGGCUCCACUGAGGUGCCUGCCGAGAUAUUUACGGAAUACUUGAUUUCACUGGCAGAGUCCACAUACAGAAGUGACAAGUACAACCUGUUUGAUCACAACUGCAACGUUUUCAGCAAUGAGGUGGCUCAGUUCCUCACGGGCAAUAAGAUCCCUUCGUACAUCACAGACCUUACAUCUGAAGUACUGUCCACGCCUUUUGGCCAGGCUCUCCGUCCCUUACUGGAUUCCAUGGUCAUUAAUCCUGGAGGCAACAACAUAACCGGACAGUGAUAGAUGAGGCUGUACACGUUAAAGAGAAUAAUUUAAGCAUUUUGGUGAAAGUGGGACCCUUACCAUCUGCCACCAUCCACACUCUGAUAACAUGUUGGUUGACAGGAUGAUCUUUAUUAUACUGACUUCCAGAUUUGAGAAGAAGACAAUAACAUUUUUAGCUGUUAAAAAGCACUGCACAAGUUAACUAUUUUUAAAAAAGUUCUUUCCUCAGUAUAUGCAGAACUUGGUAUAUAACCUACUUUCUAUACCUUCAUCAUAUUUUAGCCUUAUCAUGCUCUUAACAAGCACUGGCCUUGUCUAUCACCAUGGUAAUGAUGCUCCUUGGGAAAGAGAGUGGAGUUUAAUGCCUCCAUGUUUCCCCUCAUCGCUUCACCUCCUUGUGGUCAUUCACACAGGCUUCAUGCAUUGUGGUUUACCGUGCACAACUGGACUCUGGACUUGAGAAUUUCUCUUCACCUGUUUAUUACAAUUGACCACAUUUCUCCUGAUAUUUGGGCUAAGUUGUGAUUCAUUCUGUUAUUUAAUGUGUGUUAAUAAGUCUGAUAAGGCUUUACCCUCAAAAUGUGUUAACAUUAAUAGCUGAUUUUUUUUGUCUGACUUAGUCUCAGAUCUGUAUUCUCCUAAUCAUUCUUUCCUUUUAACAUGUUAUUUGCAGUUUAGCUUGUUUUCCCUGUGGUCAUUAAUACAACAGGACUGCUCUUAGAGGGCUAAGGCCAGGGUAAAGGGAGAGUUAAAAUGAAGAAAUCAGCUCUCAGUUAGGCAGUUCUGCUGGCCUUUCUUUGCAUCCAGUGUUGUAGAAGAUACAUUUUAACCAAAUGUAAUGGGGUUAUUUUUUGUACUUAUUUGUACAUCUUUUGCUUGCUUCACUUGCCAAAACGGAAGCUGCAUCUUGAAAUUUGUUUGUGUAUACGCGACUAAAUCAGGCAUAGUACAUUUUAUAUCCAGUGAGAUACAUGCCCACAACCACUUACCUACAUGACUGCAGGGCCAUUAACACCCGUUUUCAGGAAAAACAUAUAUCACUGAUGCCAUCACUGUCUUUAUUCUUUAUAAUCUUACAGUAUGAUAGUACAGUUAGCUUCCUGAAUAGUUUCCUUGGAAUUGUUAUUGUGAAUAUACUCACUGUUAGUAUUGCUUAACUUAAUGCUAUUAUGUCUACUUGUUCAUGCUUAGAAGGUGUCUGCUUGUUGUUAAAACAACUAAUUUUUUCACUCUCAGUUUUUAAACUUUUGCACUUAGACUAACCUGUUCCAGAUAAAGUAAACGGUUUUUUAAUCUUUAAUCUUUUACUCAGGAAUCAAUAUAAUCUUUGACACGUUAUUUAUAUAAACGGUGUUCUCAAACCUGUUGAUAAAAAGGGCUCAUCAGUAUUAAAUUUACUGUGACACCCUACAUGUUGUCAAAUGUAUGACAUUAAAAUAUCUUUUAUUUCUUUGAAUU